AAUAGAGACCUCAUAUAGCCAUAUAACACCUUACCAAGCACACAAAGUCAGAAACGCAGACCCUUUAUAGUUCAUAAUUGUGCACAUCUGAAAUAAACAGCUACGAAAGUUGCGCUUGCCUAGUUCCAGCCACUUCUUUUUUCGCCAGUUCCCUGGCUCUUACUUUAAUCCUAGUUCGCUUUGUUUAUAUGGAGCUCCCCUUCCCUCUCGGAUUACUCUGUGUAUCCACUGCCCUGCUUCUACCGUCAUUCUAUCCAUCCAUCCCUCGGUGCAUUGCUUCAUUGAUCCUUCUAGCCACCUCCUCCUUUCCAUUUCACCGUCUCGCCCCUUUCCUUUCUUCCUUUUUUUUUUUUUUAUCCACCCGUAGUUGCCGAGUCGCUCGAGUAGAGAGCGGCCUCCGCGAUCUGUCGAUUCAUCCAUCCAGCGCUCGCAUGAGGCCGCUUCGUCGGCGCAUGCGCCUUGAGAGGGCCAGUUUGCUCCUGUGUCUACUUCUCCUCUUUCACUGCUACAACAACCCCAACUCUCUCUCUGUCUCUCUCGCUCUCCUCCAGCUCUCUCGUGCGCUCCGCCAUCAUCCUCCAGAAGAACCUCGGCGCUCCGCAAACGGACCGCGGAGAGCGCGCUCGGCUCUCGUGCAGUGCGGUCACGCUUUUCGCUUCGUGCUUCGCCUCGACGCAGGCCACGCGCUUAUCUAGCUUUGUGUGCUGCGCGGUCGCGCUUUCCUACUAAUAAAAAAAUAGCGGCAGCUUGCGCCGGGCAGAACGCACGGCUCCGGUUAACGCUAGAGGCAGCCUCGGCCAUCGCAAUUGUUUACCUACCAGUCGCGUUGAAAGUGCUUGCUAUCAUCUGUCUGGCAGGUGCGCCGUCUGCUUCCGGCCGUCAGCUACCACGCGACAACUUGAGGAUUCGUCAGUUGAGGCAGGUCUGCGACAUCUGCGUCUCGCCGUCUGUUCACAUCGAGCCGUUUCGGCGGAAACGUCGUGCGGAUUUUUUCAUCGUUUCGGUUGUCGUAGCCCCAGAGCGGUGUUUUUAAUACGUGUUCGCUGGAUACGGUUGCUUCUGGGAAAGACUCAACGACACCUCCAGCGUGGGAAGCCAGAAAUAAUUCAGCGUUACCUUGCAUCUCGACUCCUCUGUGCCAUCAUCGUGUCUCCACUUUUUCGUCUGCUGUUCGGGAAGAAAGCCGUGUAUCGUGCAACAUGACUGCGCUGAAAGUGUCAAGCGCGCGCUUGCGAGCAUAUCCGCUAGACUUCUGAAAACGAGAACAAAGUGCGGUUUCAAUGUGAACAGUUCUAUAAUCACGCCGCUACCAAAGAUUGUGUCUUCUUUGCGGCGUUACAAAUUCUGAGGAAAAGACAACGGAACUCGGCGAAUGCGGAUUGCCCUGAGUAAAAUUACGCUGGUUGCGGAGACCAAUUUCUGAACUAAGAGUUUGUGCGUGUUUCUCGCUUCCAUUUUGUUUUCUUAUUCCUUUACUGCGCAGUCAUCACUUCUGAUGUGAAAAACGAUGUAGGUCACGUUACUACGUGUUUGCGGUGAGGUAUUCGUGACUUAGUUUGCAGAAGAAAAUGUGAACCGUCUCCUUUCCUCGUAUCUGUGCCGGUUCCGGUUCUCGCCAUGAUCGAAUGCUCCGUUUGCCGAGGACCGUUCGGAUUAACGGCUGUGCUUCGUCUUGUCGGACUGCUGCUUCUGUGCCAGCAUGCCGGAGCCAGAAGAGGCGUGCUGGUGUUCUGGUCUCCGUUCCACGACCCUCGGGUGCACGAGAACGCACCCGCGGGUGUCCACGUGACCACGGUGCGGGCCCUGGACGAGUCUUCACCUGGAAAGCCCGUCGCUUACAGUCUCCUCGACGUCAAGGACUCGACCAACUUCCACCUGAACUACCUGACAGGGAAUUUAACAACAGCGCGGCCCAUUACGAGAAAGGUCGGCGAAAAGUAUGAGGUGAUCGUGGCCGCCGUGAGCCAGGGUGUGACCGAGGUGAAGACGAUGCAGAUCGAGGUGACCGUGCCCAACCAGUACCCGCCCCGGUUCGAGCACCCGGUGUACCGCGCCGAGGUGCACCAGACCCGCACCCGGCCUGGGUACCGGGUCCUCCAGGUGCGCGCCCACGACCCGGACCCGGUGCCGUACAACGCCGAGGUCUACUACCGCCUCGACGCCGGACCGGAGUCUACGAGGGCACUCAAAACGGAAAUCUCGCUGGAGCUGCGUUCCUCUCUUUCUCGCAGGUACCUCACUCUGGACGGCAUCACCGGUGAAGUGACGCUUAAUCGAAGCCUGUCCGACGCGGCGGACGCCAUGAUCGCCUUCACCGUCGUCGCCGAAGACGGCGGCUCGCCCAUGAGGGAAGACAGGGCCCGAGUCGAAAUCCUCGUCAAGACCAUCUCCGAUCCCCAGAACACUCGCGCUGUCGUGGUGAACGAGACGAGCGUGCGCAUCUGCUGGCAGCGACCCCUGUACGGCAACGUGUCCGGCUACGUGGUCAAGUACCGGGCAGCGUCAGAGAACGUCACGUCGUUCGUGAACGUCACCACUGGUGCCACCGACAAGUGCGUGCCCGUGCACGGUCUGAGGCCCUGGACCGACUACGAGUACCGCGUGCAUGCAUGGAACGGCCGAGAAGAGGGAAUCGGCAGUCCCGUCGACCGGUUCGCGACGCGCAUCGACUACUGUCUGCUCAACGUCUGCAAACACGGCUUGUGCGAGGCCACAGAAGAACGCCCCGGUUACCGAUGCGUGUGCGACCCGGGCUUCUACGGGGAGGCGUGCGAGCACUUCGACCCGUGCUCGGAGAACCCGUGCAAGACGUUCGGCACCUGCGUCAACACCAGUCACGGCGAGUACCGCUGCGACUGCUUCACGGGUUUCUCGGGCCGAAACUGUUCCGACUUCGACCCGUGCCUGCUCAAGCCCUCCGCCUGCCUGCACGGAGGCGUGUGCCAGUCUAACGCGUCGCACACGUUCACCUGCCUUUGCGUGGACGGCUACUACGGCAAGACGUGCCACCAGUACGACCCAUGCUUCUCGUCCCCCUGCCUGCACGGCGCCCGCUGCCUGAACGAGUCGGACGUCAAGUUCAGCUGCCAGUGUCUGCCGGGAUACGCGGGUGACCUUUGCGAAGAGAACGUCAACGAGUGUCUGUCGAGCCCAUGCAAAAACCGCGGAGACUGCGAGGAUGGCGUCAACAGCUUCACCUGUCACUGCACUCCGGGCUACGGUGGUCCACUGUGCGAGCUCAGAGACACAUGCCCUGAAGAACUGCAGCAAACGGACAAAGGGACUUUUCACUGGCAACCCGUCCCGCAUGGCUCGGUGGCCAAGAUAGAGUGUCCGUACGGCGCGUACAACCCGGCCAGCGAGUACAAGUACGCGCGACGCAAGUGCCGUCUGCUGGCAGAUGGGCAGACUAGCUGGAUGAAGGUCACAGCACAGCACUGUCGAUUCCAGAGCUUCCAGGCUGCAGAAAACAUCACCUCUGAGCUGGAGCUUCUGACACAUGACCCGCGCAACAUCAGGCCUGAGCAACUGCGGAACUUCGCUGACAAGAUCGAACCGAUUGUUAAAUACGCCAUCAAAGACAUCAAGAUCGCGCAAGCCAUGAUUCACGUAAUCAGCAACUUCCUCGCCCUGAAUGACAGCGUCAUUGAAGAAGGAGAUGCCAGCGGAGUGGCUGUCGAAAAGCUGGUUUCCGUGGUGGAGCGGUUCACCUCGGAGGUGGUGCUGGGACCCGGCGCGCUCAUCAUCGAGAACGAGAACCUGGUUGUCAAGGCUGUCGCCUGGUCGCCCAAGCUGCUCUCUCAGGGCCAAGAUUUCCUCAGCUUCUCGCUGCGCUCCAACGGAGAUCACUAUCUGCACGAGGAAUUCGCCGGCGACGGGGACGAUCAAGAUGGCGGAAACAACAUCGUGAUCACCAUCCCGUUCGAGGCGCUGUCUAUGGCCAUCAACAGCUCUCUCCUAGCCGCUGGCGAGGCCUAUCGACCCAUCCAUGAAGUGGAGAAGGGACCCCGCAUCGCGUUCAUCUCGUACCGAAACGACAAGUUCUUCCGGCCAGCUCGCUAUAGUCCUGCGUCCCUGGUCAGCACAGGGCAAGUCGUGCUAUCAGCCAAGAUUGGUAACGGCAAGAUUGAAAAUCUCACCGAUCCCUUGAUCUACUCGUACCCGACUUACAAUGCCGAAAAAUACGUCUGUGCAUUCUGGGAUGACCGCCGUAAGGAGUGGUCCACCACCGGCGUAACAACGAAUCGGUCAGGAAACGUGACUGUUUGCACAUCGACCCACAUGACUGCGUUUUCUCUCCUUCUGGAUCCUCUACCAGGAACCUCAUUGGCACCCCACCACUACCGGAUUCUGUCUCUCAUAUCCUACGUUGGAUGUAUCAUGUCGAUCGUCGGCCUGUUUUUCACUAUUCUAACCUACUCCAUUUUCAGGUGCCUCAACAAGGACCGCUCGGGCAAGAUCCUCCUCAACCUGUGCUCAGCCAUGCUGCUGCUGAACGUGGCCUUCCUGCUGGGUUCGCUCCACCAACGCUUCCCCAGGUUCGAGCUGUGCCUGGGCACGGCCGUGGCGACGCACUACUUCCUGCUCGCCUGCCUCGCCUGGAUGGGCGUCGAGGCGGCCAACAUGUACCAGAUGCUCGUUCACGUGUUCGCCUCUUCCGAGACGUGCUUCAUGCUCAAGCGCGUCUUCAUCGCGUGGGGUAUUCCAGCGGCUAUCGUUGGCACCUGCCUGGCCAUAGAUUUGGAGCCUUACAGAAGCCAAGAUGACUACUGCGUGAUAUCAUCCAGAAACCCGUUCAUCUACUACAUCGCAUUCCUGGGCAUCUCCUGCUUUAUCCUCUUCGUCAACUUGCUCGUCUUCAUCAUGGUGACCCGGGUGCUGUUCAAGCCGCGCAUGGCUGGAGCCAACACGAAGGCCGGCAACCACAACUCGACUUCCGCUUCCGGUCCCGGCUCCACCAACCCGCUCCCCAUCACCGCGGCUCAAGUCCGCGGCGCCUUCACCGUCAUGACCCUGCUCGGGGUCACGUGGAUAUUUGGCGUGUUCGCCGUGGGCGAAGCCCGCACCGUGUUCCAGUACGUCUUCUGCGUCUGCAACUCGAUGCAGGGCUUCCUCAUCUUCGUGGUGCGGGUGCUGCAGUACCCGGAAGCCCGGGCAGCCUGGUCCCAGCUCGCCUCGACCGGCACGUUCAAGAAGAACCGAGGCUCCGGACUGCAGGCGGCGUCCUGGUGCGCGUACUCGAAUCCCAAGCGCAACAGUCACUCUUCCAUGGUGCGGGUCACCUCGAACAGCACCGACAGCACGAGCACGGUGGUGUUCAACAGCAACAUGUGGAACAAGGGAACCGGAGGCGGUGGCGGCGGCGGCCCAGCGAGUGCCCGCGACUGCCCCUCGAGACUGUCUCGCUUCUCGAGUGUCGGCAGCCUGCUGAAGAACUGCAACCUGCAGAAGGCUGACAAAGGCACCGCGACUCUGAAUAGAAAAGACAAGGCCUCCUCCAAGGCAAUCGCCGAAGAAGCCGGCGCCAAGCAGAACCGCAAGGAAUUCUACUCGUCCGAAGAUCAAGUCACGUCUCUGGUACCCGACCUGUACGCUGGCCAGGAGCAUCAAAUCAAAAGCAACAGCGUCGGCGCGUCCGACCCGAUGAAGUACAUCGACGACGACUCUCGAAGCACGGUCACGACGCUGGGUCUGGGACCCAACCAGAAGGCGCACAUACUGUUCGCCUACACGGGAGGCGAGGCCACUCCCAUACGCGUCAACGGUGUGGUCCACUCGCCGCUGGACCAGCCGAAGCUCGAGUCCUUCAGCACGUUCCAGCGGUCGUCGCCAGUUCCAGCCAGCACGCCCAAGAUUCCCGAACUGCCGCGGUCCUGGAACAACGCUGCGGCGACGCUUGGCGCUGGACCCGUGGACGGCGUCGUCUCGGACCACGACUCCCUGCGUAGCUCCACAAAGAUGACGGCGACCGAGGAGACGUCGUUCGUGACGCCCAGGAAAACGAGCAUCGCAGUCGCCGCGUCUUGAAGAGUUGUAGACAGCAAGAACACGUGAUCGUGUUCCCUUCACUAAUUAACAAAUCCGUGGAUAGGAGACAGCUAGGACAGCGUGCCUUUUAUUCAGAAUUCCCAUCUUUGAGACGCGGAGCGUCGUGUCCUUGAGUGAAGAUUUCAUGCAGGUAUCAUGUCGUCAUCGCGGGAUGUGCAAUAGCAGUCGCCAAAUAGGAGCUGUGCUCUUUACCUACAAUUGAGUGCUGGUCAACUCGAGGCAUGAACACGUAGCGUGUUUCGUAGCGAGGCAUGAACACAGGCAUGAACAUGAGGGCUUGGAGCAGAGUCUUUGUUUUGUGCACUGAGGCGCCUGGCUAGACAGCUGUGUCCCUUAGAAUUGCCAUCGUUCUACGAUGAGGACUGGUGUUUGCUUCAAUGUUGCUCUUAAGCCGCGCCCUUCUGUGUUGACAUCUGCCCAUGGCCGAAGGCUACCGACAGAACAGUGGUGCUGCGCGCCUCACACGUUUCUGUGCCGCGGUACUUUCUGCGGGCCCUUCCUGGUCCCUCGUGGCAUCUUCCUACGGUUUCCAUUUCCCCAUUGCCUUAUGUAUGCCACGAAUCAGAAACCAAGAGGCCCGGCGACAGUGAAACUGAGUGAAUAACGGACGUCCAUUGUAUUUGCCUCUGCCCAUGGUUAUUCGUUUGCGUGGGGAUCUGUGGGACAAUAUGGGUGCGACAUAGACGCAUGAAGCACCAUUUUCUUGUGUGUAUAUACAUAUUCUUAGGUAAUGUCUCUGUGUGCCCGAAUAUUCUGGACUGCAUUUAAUUUAUCUACACAACUACAGAAAUCUAUAUAAAGGUUUAAUAAUGAUAGAGCGUUAUGAGUACGUAUCUUUUUUCUUAUGUGCACUAUGAAGUCAUUGUAUUCGUAUUUGAGAAUGCGUAAGUAUGUGUUUGGGCUGAGGUGAAUGGGGGAACGUAUACAUAACACUCGCCUAGCAAUUCGAAAGGAAGUUUUGCAUCGCCAGUUCCCUAAAUGAGGAAAGAACACAAGGCGUUGGCAAGAAUGCUCUUGACCCCUUUCGAUGAUGUGUAGUACAACUGAUGAGCAUAUGAAAUUGCGUAUUGUGGGAGGAAUCAUCUUACCUUGUGUAUUGAAUAAACUGCAAAACCUAUUGUAAUAUGGAACGGGCCAAAGAACGAUUCGAAUAAUCUUGUAACGCUAAUUAAUAUUGAGUUGCCAUUAAUCUAAGGACAACAAAUAGUCCGCGAAACUGGACGUAAUUGAGUCAUUAUGUGCCUCUAAGAAAUUAUUAUUACAGUGAUCAUGGAAAACAUGCACAUGAAACAGAUAAUUUUGUAAACCAUGCAGUGCACUAUCUUUUGUUUGUCUUACGCGGUAUGUUAGAUGCAUUUUACGGUUGGUGAUUUCACGAGAUUCCUUAAUUCCCCUUAUUUCGACAAACUUGUUUAGAAAAAUGUGAUAUUUCAUCAAAAUGCUGCACCCAUCCUUCCUUGUCAUUUGAGUUCCUCUCCCACGUGCAGCUUAUUCAGUGGUCUCCAAAACAUAAAUUUUAGCCCGAAGACAACUUGCAAUUUGAGGUUUUUGGUAAAUGAGGGGUUUCAACUUGCCAAGACAACACAAAGGCUGUAAAAUACGCAGGAAGCUCCGGAUUGAUUUCAAGCACUUGAGUUUUUUAACGUGUACCGGACUGUUGGUUUGCGGCAGGUUUUUACAUUCCAUCAAACCAUCAUAAGAUUUUACCAUCAUAAUGUUGCUGCGGCGUUCAUGAAUCGAACCCACAACCUCGCGCUCAAUAGCAAAACGGCACAUCUGAUGAGUCACUGCAGCAAGUAUUCAGUUUCGUGUGAAACGAACAAAUGCUCCCGACAUGCUAGCAAGCGUGCUGCAUUGAAAAUAUGAAAGCGAGUUCUGCAUAUUUAAAACAAGGAACAUUGAUUAUCCUCAAUUUUAUUUCGUGAAUUGCUGGAAACAUGUAACCUUCAAAAGCUAGCCAAGAUCCUAGUAGCCAAGUAGCCUGAUUCAAGAGCAUCUGUUGUAACAUUGCAAGCUUCUCCCGUUCAAGAAUUUGAAAUGCAGUGAUGUUAUCUAUCAGCUCGCAUGUUAGCUUAAAAAUUGCUUUGUUUACAAUAUAUGCGGACAAAUUUCAUUCACGCGUUGGGGUUAUACCCCACUGCCUGUGUGAAUUGACUUCAGUGUGGUGUGUGACGUCUCUGUUAGUCCUUAUGCUUCGCACUGGACGUAGCUUUCGCUAUGAACUGGUUGACCAAGUUCCCAGAAUUAAUAAAUUGGCCUCUUGAAUCCAAAAUUGUAAAUUGAAUCAAAAAUGGUAAAUUUCCGAGUUUGGUUAAAUGCUCUAGGCGGUUGUUUGCAGAGAUGAAAAGGAUCGCACAAUGCCACUGUCUGUCACAGAUUGGAUUUCAAACUCAAUUUAGGUGCAAACGGGGAUAGAGCAAACGGGGAUAGCCGAUUUUCUAAUUCACAUUAAGGGAAAGAAAUGGAGCUGGGCAGAUGAUGUAAUGCGUAGGCUAGAUAAUUGGCGGACCAUUACGGCUACAGAAUGGGUGCCAAGAGAAGGAAAAGGCAGUCUAGGAUGGCAGAAGACUAGGUGGGGUGAUCAAGUUAAAAAAUUCGCAGGCGCAAAUUGGAAUCGGUUGGCGCAGGACAUGGGUAACUUGAGAUCACCGGGAGAGGCCUUCGUCUUGAAGGGGACUUAAAAUAGGCUCCUGGUGAUGGUGAUGAUGAUGAUGAUGAUGAUGAUGAUGAUGAUGAUGAUGAUGAUGAUGAAAAAAACCCUAGUUGCUUAAUAUUGAUCGAGAGCCCCAACCCCUAUGGCGUCUCUCAUAACCCGUGUGUUCCUUUGGCAAGUUGAAGCGCAAAGCUUUAGAUUUUUUCCGUUCUUCUUAUGUUGCAUUCAACGGAGUGAGCGGAUUUAUAACGUAACAUCUUCGCGAUCAGUUUAGGAAUGUGGAGGAAAGCAUAUUUUCUCUGGCAUAUUUUCAACUUAGAAUAAAUUUCCGUAGGGUUAACACGGUCUAGGUGUCCUGUUUAAGAUCAUCUUGAGGCCUUCUUUGUAUGUACUCGCACAGGGUAUUCCGCCAUCUACACCAUGUUGCAAUGGUUGUCGCUACGAAGAAAAAACUUGGUGCAGUAGUGUUGCCGCUGCAAGUACUGAAAUCGCUACAUGCUUCCCAGAGUGAGAAGAGAGCGGGCGUUUAUUUUUGAACGAUACCGGAUGGUUCUCAUUAUGUAAUGUAGCCGCUAUAAAUAACGCAAUGAAAGGGGCCGGUCGAUUUUCGUGUUUAUGCAGCCUUCUAAAUGUUCCAAAGCACCAACGAGGUUUCGAAAAAGAAGUAAUGAAAUACGCCAUGCCCAUGCGGGCUUCUUUUCUGACCCGAUUCUUGCAAAACUAUGGAAGUGCUUCGAAACUUGUAAAUGAAUGUUCCUGUCCAGGCUGUUAAGUGGUGCAGUGCGCAUCAGGGACUGCGCAUCAAGGACUGCUUCAGGUCUGUAUUUCCCUAGCUCCGUUGUUGUCUUAUUUAUUGUGUGUAUGUGUGUCAGGUUGUUGCGACCUCCCUCAACCUACUCAAUCGAAUCGAUAAGCAAGUGAAGCUAAUCGAAAUGUCAGGCAAUGAUCCACUGAAAUUAACGUCACAGACAAGCGAUUGCAGAAAUUUUUGCAGGAGGGCUAUCAUUUUGUAUUCACAGUCUUACGGUUUAGUGUGCGCGAAAAACCGGAAGAUAUCGUUUAGAAAACUUUUAAGCAAGUGCGGAGGGAGACUGGGUAUAACUGAAAUAUUGAAGCAGGCAUGACUGUUAAUAAUCACUGAAGUGAGCACGCUCAGGUCACGUAUCUAGAAACUCCAGUUUCUUGUUAGUUGCAAUAUCAGGACGUCUGCAUGCAUAUCCGUGUGCAGUGUAACCCACAUAUCUGUGCCAUUUUCAGCCUACAUAGCUCCAUUUCUAAACUGAUUUUCAUUUAGCACUUCUCGCGCCUCUCCAACGGUAACACAUCAAACCGCGAGCUAGUUCAAGAAUGCACAACUAGGAUGAAAUAUUUGAGAAUAGGAGUCCUUCGCUGACAAAAUUGUCUCCACGCCUCGCAUAUUUCGUGUUCACUCGUGCCACAUAGGAUCCAAUGGUAAAAACCGAUACGGUUCUAUGUUACCAUACGGAAAGUUCUUAAAAUUGUAGUUAAGGACAAAGAAUUUUUUACGCAUCCUCCACUCCUACAGAAAGGCCUCGGAAUGAAUAUUGGCGUGUCUUUACAGUCAGCAAACUGAAGAAGCUGUGUGCUAAACAGUGGCACUGUCUACAUUACUGAUUUACUCGUCCACAGUAGUGUCAUAUGAUUUCCAGUGACGACCAAUCUAGUUUCUAUUGCCUGUUUUAUCCCUGUUCACUGAAGCUGUCCUGCAUGCAAAAGUAGUGCCCACAGACUCGUUUAGCUUGUUUUGUUGGCGGAUGGGGCGUAGGUAUCUCUUCUGCGUGGCUUGUGCCCAGGAUUUCACUAAUGUGUCUCUAUGUAUGUAUGUUGUGCGUGCGUGAUUUGAAGUGUUUUUUAAACAUAAGAGAGGCCGCUAGCUCCUAACGUUUUAGCCAUGGGCAAAUUAUCCACGUGUCACGAUCUUCGCGUAGGUGGGCGUACCUUGUAGCGCACUAACCUGUCCAGUGAACCUGCUAGCGUGAAACGCCGCGUAAAUACCUUCCAGGACACUCGGCAGCUUGAGGUGUGUUCCAAUUCGUUUCAGCAAACACGGCUUCAUAACUUGGUAUCUAAGAGAAACGGCUACUUCUCUGCGUAUCAGAGCACGAACAGACCAUGACAUCGUUCCCCUCUUGGCGCGCACUUAGGCAUGCAAAGCUGAACCGAAAUGUUACUGCUAGUAAUAUGGUUAUAUAUCCCGCAGAAAUAAACAAUAUUCAGUUACUUCGUACAGGUAUCAUUUAAAGUUGGUUCUAAUUAACAUGUUCCAUAAAGUAAAUGAUUGCAGCUACCUGCGCUCUACGACGACUCGUCGACAACUCUUACCAAAACUUGCCCUUUUUUUAUACGUCUGGUAAUUCUCACCUGAAUAUCAUUCGCGCUUAAGGUUCCAUUUGUGAACCACGUCAGCGAGCCUUCGGCAGGAUCGUGAGCCUCGCCAAUAGCGCUCACUUGAGCUCCGUGUCGUAUCACUUUGCUAUCGAGCCCCUAAAGGCGCUCUCACCAGGUUUGUGCAUUGUAAACAGACAAGCGCGACGCGUAGAUCAGGCGCUAAUGAUCGUGUCUGUAAAGUAUCGAACCGCUCCAGGGGGGGGGGGGGGGGGGGGGCAAAAGGAAACUCAAAUUUCACACAGCUUCACGCGCGCUCCUCCUCCGGGCAACUUCACUUCCUCCCGGAAGAUCAAGGUCACACCCAUAUAGACUCCUCUAUGUAAAACUCAUUGGCUGCACCGUUAGUGAUUAUAUGGCACGUUACUUCUAUAAAUCAUCCAAUGCCUAAAGCCAAAGACGACCUCUGGAAGUGCGCCGCGCCGCAAAACGCGAAAGAAAAAAGAAAGAAAUGGGGACCCUACACGCUAUGGCAUUCAGUUCAGGCGAAGUUUUCACUGUUGUUAGCGGGGAACGCCUGUCUUCUUUAGCAACCAUUCGCAAGUGCAAAGCACAUAAACAACACGGACACAUUUUUUUUACCGGGCACAUCUUUAGCGAAGCAGUCAGCAUUGGUGCUGGCUUCCAUUCAGUAUCCAGCAAGGUGUCUUUAUUUUCUUGUCUUCAUGUUAAGAGCACGGCUUUGGGACGUACCCUUUCUGUGCAGCAACUUCAUAAAAUGUUGUGCGAAGAUUUGUAACCUCAGGGUAAAUUUGCCCAGACGUAAAGCGUUUCGUGCAAGCGGCCUUAGAAUGUUCUAUAUAUCCCUCCUUUUCUACGCGACAUGAAGAAGUGUAACUCCGUCCCCCCGCGUGGUUGUGCCCUUGUAUAACUUAUCUGGGGGCCCAAAUGCUGUAUAGUGAUAAUUUAAGUGUAGUAUAAAAGAAGAAAGCCACCACGAAUUCAUUAAUAAAGAUGUGUUCAUUUUACCAAA